AUGAAGUCCUCGUCCGCAUUGGUCGGCCUGGCUGCCACCGCUGCUCUCACCACCGUCGUCUAUGCAAAGCAACACCUCGACGUCUCGCAUGAGCCUCUUUCCGGCUUCUUCACCGCUGAUGGCACCCCUUCUCAUCCCAAGUUCCUCGCCUCAAGAUGGGAAACUUCCGAGCUGCCUCUUGACUUCCGCAAGCGUGCGCUUUCCGGCGCAGGCUCCAAACGAAGCCAAAAGACGUGCCGCUCCAAUCGUGGCCAGCAAGACGCCAAUGAGCAUAAACCCCAACACAAAGGCCGUCACGCCCUGCUCGAUACGCUUGACCAUCUCGGUCAUCAGGUGAGCAGCUGGAUCGAGGGCGGCAAGUUGCACGACCACUCGCUCGGCAUCGUCAUCAACAAGGCCACCGACAACUCUGCCGACAACGAGUGGCUCGUCAACGUUGGCUUUGGCACUCGUCCGCAAACGCUCAAGAUGGUCUUUGACUCGGGCAGCUCCGACACCUGGGUCUACUCGCCUGCCUGCUGCUACGCCAACAACCAUACGUUUUUCGAUCCCGCCAGGUCUUCCACCUACCACAACCGCACCAUCGGCGCCAGUGGCACGCCCCAGGCUGCCGCUCCCGGUACGCCCGCUCAGCCGUGGUCCUACAGCUAUGGUUCCGGCUCCAGCUCCAACGGGUACGUCGGCAUCGAUGACUGGACUUUUGGCGUGCAGAAGCUCAAGGUGAACCAGCUUCCCGUCGCGCUCGCCACCAGCAUCACCGGUGGCUCGCGUGCUUCGCGAGGUAUGGAGGGCCUCGUCGGUCUUUCGUCCGGAAGCGGUUCCAGCACGCAGGGUGGAUGGACGACUCCGUUUGAGGCCAUGUCAUCGCGUGGCCUGCUCAAAGAGACCUACCUCACCGCCGCACUCCGCAAGGCCAACCGCAAGACUGGCAAAGGGGGUGGAGGACGAUACACGUUUGGCGAGAUCGACGAUGAUCUUCUCGAGGGCGACAUCACCUGGACACGUGCGCUCUCCCCUUAUCUCUGGGCCGGUUACUUUGACCAGAUGACCAUGGGCGACAAGCUGCUUGCCAUCGCUCCUGGCACCAACGAGCGACCGCAACGGUUUAUGAUUGACACGGGUUCCGCCGUACUUUACCUUCCACCUCCGAUUGUGGCUGACAUUAACAGUCAGAUUGUGGGUUCCUACAUUGCCGACUCGAGCAGCGGACUUGCUUUCCCUUACCUGAUCCCCUGCGACACGGGCCUCAAGCGCUACGAGAGGAAAGCCAAAAAUGUUGCAUUCAACCUGCAGAUUGGCGGUACCAACUUUACCAUUCCCAAGGAGGACUAUGUCUUCUAUGCCAACGAGCCCAUCCCACCCGCCAAAAUCGGCGGCAGAAAAGGCAUGUGCUACUCGGCCUUCCAGACUGGACCCGCGCAGAUCUCGAUCAUCGGUCUCAGCUUUAUCAAGAACCACGUCGUGGUCUUGGACCAGGGUGGACGCAACCUUACUGUCUCGGCUCGUCGCAUCGGACUUGGUCAGCGACGUGAUGUUCGCUACGAUUGA